AACAGAUGGUAUGGACAUUCAAGUUCGUUCUGGCAAAGAGGAGGUGUCGGUUAUUGUUGAUGGAAAAGUGGUAUCAGAAAUCAAGGAUAAAAAUGUCCGAGGAAUGAUAGUGUUCGUUUUAAGCCAAACAACGGGCUCCCUUAUGGCUGUUAGAGCGUUUGACACGUAUUCAUCCAAAGACGAAGGACAAGAACUAAUAAAAUUUUUCGGUCUGCUGCAGGAAGGAAGGAUUGUUUGCGUGGCUGUGAAGGAUGAAGCAGCGAGCAACUUAGAUGGUGACGUUCGAAGCUACAUUGAGAAGUUAGGGAGCCGUUAUGUAAAUGUCCUUGGCUGGCGGGAUAUGUGGGCGUUUAUAUUCCAACAGGCUACCAAUCAGAGGAAAACAUCUGUGGAAAGCCAUCAGAGGUCUCCAGAUUUUGACAGCUGGGGAAAUGAUGUCACAAUUCGAGCAUAUCUGAAGCGGGAGACAGGCAUGUCCAGUGAAUGCAGCUGGGAACAAAACGAUGCAGGGCGUCGUAGAGCAGAAUUCUGCCAGAAAUUUGAAGGAUAUGGACGGGUUUGCCACUGCAACGAUCCGGAAUCAAUCGAUUUCUACCCACCUCCUCUUGAAGAUGGCAGUCGUCUUGAUCUGCCAGUGUUGGUUAUGGCUGGUAAUCGCCCCCACUACUUAUUCAGAAUGCUCAAGACCCUGCGAAAAGUCCAGGGGCUGAAUCCUACCAUGGUAACCGUAUUUAUUGACGGCUUCUAUGAAGAGCCCGCCUCUGUUGCACGGGUGUUUGGUCUGAAGGUAGAUCGACAUGAAGGUAUCAGUAAAAGGAACUCAAGGAUUUGCCAGCAUUACAAGAAGUCCAUAACAACCUCCUUUGAAAAUUUCCCCGACGCCAAUUUCCUGGUUAUUCUUGAGGAAGAUCUUGACGUGUCUGUGGACAUUCUUAGCUACUUUAAACAGCUUCUCCCGGUCUAUGAGAACGACGAAAGUGUUUAUUGUAUAUCAGCUUGGAACGAUCAGGGCUAUGAGUACACCGUUCAUGACCCAUCAAUGACGUACAGGAUUGAAACUAUGCCUGGCCUUGGGUGGGUAUUGAGUCGCAAACUGUACAAAGGAGAACUUGAACCCAAAUGGCCUGCUCCCGAUGUAUUCUGGGAUUGGGACAUGUGGAUGAGGACGCCGACGCAAAGGAAGGGCCGAGAGUGCAUCAUACCGGACAUCUCUCGCACCUACCAUUUUGGGGCCAAAGGUCUAAACGUGGACCCAGCUAUGAACGAAGCUUAUUUUAAAAGACAUGCGCUUAAUAAGGAAAUCGGUGUUAGGAUCAACGCAGAUCUCAUGUACAAAGACAACUAUGAGAAGGAGAUAAAUCGAUUACUGAGCCAAGCUGAAGUUCUUGAUCACUCAAGGACACCUUGUACAAACCCUAAAGACUUCAUACCUGACACUAAAGACAAGAUAUACGUGUUUUAUAUCAGAAUGGAGCAUCCAAAAGACUAUACCACAUGGAUAAACGUUGCCAGAUGUUUUAGAAUCUGGGACUUGGAGGCCCGUGGAUUUCAUAAAAGUCUGUGGAGGAUGUGGAUUAAAGGCAAUCAUGUUUUAUAUGUUGGGUGUCCAGCGUCACCUUACUGCAGUCACAAGCCGACUAAUGUUGAAGCUAUUUAUAUGCCAAAUAAGGAAACGAGACCACCCGAUAAUAAUUUCUUUGCCAAAUAAAGUUGGAGUUUGAGAUUUUACCUUCAGCUGAGUGUAUCAAGGACGGAAUCAAAUACACAUUGAUGUAAAUGUAUCUUAAUAUCCGUCGUAGUAUGAAGCAAUUUCUACGUUCAAUAUCGAUGUUAUUCAGUGACUAGGUAUCUGGAGAUACCAAGGCGGACGAAACUUUUUCACCAAAGCUCUCUUGGCUGUAUUUGAUUGUCACAGACAAGGUUUCAUCAUUAGUGCCAAGCGCGUGAAAACACGCGCGAUCUUCCACGUGAUCUUCCACGUGAUCAAGUUGUGAAUGGUUUUAGCUUUGCGUGUGAUCGGUUCAGUGGAUAACAUGCCGCAGGUUUUUUUUAAACCAGUCGCGUUGCCUGGAUAGAAAAUGAAGCACGAGCAGUUUUGGAAAAAUUUUUAACACUCACAUGAAAAUUAUUUGAAAUGCUUAAAUCACUUGAGAAUGGAUCCAGAACAGUAAAUGAUCGAGAAGAUAA